UUUCUUAUGAACCCAGGAUGAGCAACAAAGAAGACCCGAGCAAGUGUUGCCCCGCAGCCGCUCCGAUCUCCAGUUUUACCAUCCAGUCCAUCCUGGGCAGCGGUACCUCGGAAGGGGGCAGGGAGCCCAGUUCCAAGGCAGCGGGCGCCUGGCCGGGCAGGAAGCUAAGUCUGUCCGUGUCCUCAGAGGAAGAGGAGCCGGAGGAGAGCUGGAAACAUCACGGCUGCUUCUGUCCUGAGACGCAGGGCCCCAAAGAAACUUGCCACAAACACCAGCCCAUCAGUUUCACGUGUCUCAGCAAUCCAAAGGGGAAUGGAGGAGCAAUGACGGUAAAUACAGACAGGACGCAAUUCCUCUCCCAAUCCCAACAGGACUUGAAGGAGGAAAAAGAGAAACACUUCCCUCCAAACUCCCCGUCUUCUGGGGAGAGACAAAGGGACGGAGGGGACAGGCAGGCUAAUUCAGCCAAAAAGAAGACCCGCACUGUUUUCUCCCGGAGCCAAGUGUACCAGUUGGAAUCUACCUUUGACAUGAAGCGAUACCUGAGCAGCUCGGAGAGGGCCUGCUUGGCCUCCAGUUUGCAGCUGACGGAGACCCAGGUGAAAACCUGGUUCCAGAACCGCAGGAACAAAUGGAAAAGGCAACUCUCGGCAGAACUGGAGGCGGCCAAUAUGGCUCAUGCCUCAGCUCAGACACUAGUGGGGAUGCCCCUGGUUUUCAGAGACAAUUCCCUUCUGAGAGUGCCAGUGCCCAGGUCGAUCGCCUUCCCAGCCCCUUUAUACUACCCAGGCAGCAACUUGUCAGCCUUACCUCUCUAUAAUCUUUACAACAAGAUCGACUACUGACUCUGAAAGCCGAUGGCACUGUCUCCUUCUCUGUAUAGCUCUUCGAUAGCCGCAAUGACCUUCCAUAGAUUUCACCCGUCUGUAUCCACUGGAAACCAAAUGUGCUUCUUGCAAUGUUAAGAAAUACACCAUGUGUAUUCAUUAUUUUUAUUUAUCGGAUCUUCUCGAUUUGUUUGUUUAUGUUCUAGGCUGGCAUAGUGUUUUUAUGUACGAUCGCCAUGCAUUAUCCCACCAGACAUAGCUGACUUUCUGAGCUUCACGGGACUUUAAAAACAAAUUGCAGUCGUCUCUCUAUCUACAUGUGCAGGUAGGAAAAGGCCCAGGGCACUUGGUUAUUUGUCUCUGCAAUUGUAUAGGCCAAUUUCAACACCCCCCCCCUUUUCCUGAAUAUUAUUCUAUCACUUGAAAAUAAAAUUUAAAAAAAACAUAUUUCAGAUCUGUAAAUAUUUUUAAAGAAAAUAAAACAUUUUAAACAUCGUUUGUAACUUUUGCCAAGUUGAUUGCAUAUUUCAGUUCAAAACGCAAAGCGCACUCUGGUUGAACGGCAUGUGUGGUGUUAGCCGUGAAGGAGGUUACAACUAGCAGGGAGAGGGACAGACGCCUCUUGAGUUGUGCCGCCUCUCAGUUCACGAGAAACUUUCAACGACUGAAUUCAGGAAAUGUUGUAAUUCUUUCUUUUGAGUUACAAGAGCCCCUGACGUCCACCAGCGGGAUUCCACCUACUUCUGGAGGCCCUUGCAGCAAAGUCAACCGAACAUGAACUGUGCACUGAUCAAAACAGGGCUGGAAAUAUUGAGUUACUCAAAGUGAAGUAAACUGGCAGCUGCGCUGCAGGAAGAGUAAAAAAAAAAAAAAAAAAGGCUAGUGGGAAAAUAAAAUCUUAGCUUAGGCAAGUCACUGUGAGACCUGCAAUAACUGUAAUAAUAUGUUAGCCUUUUCCAUCCUAUUUAGGCUCUGCCAAGCGAAAUGCA